CAAGAAGAGCAGCUUCCUCAGUGAGAAGGAGAAGGAGAAGAAGGUGGUGUGGGAUGGGGACAAGAAGAAGGACGAUGAGAGGCUGCGGUUGGUGGUGAAGAGGAGGAAGGAUUGGAGAUGCGUCGACUGGUGCUGCUGGCUGAUCGGCUAUAUAUGCACCGCGUGGUGGCUCCUCCUCUUCUUAUACAACACGCUCCCCUCUCACUACCUGCAGCUGCCCGUGGAGCCACCCGGGUUGAAGCUGAAGAAGGAAGGGCUGAGGGAGCUUCAUCCCGUCGUGUUUGUGCCUGGUAUCGUCACAGGGGGUCUCGAGCUGUGGGAAGGACGCCCCUGUGCCCACGGUCUCUUCAGGAAGAGAGUGUGGGGCGGAAGCUUCACUGAAAUAUUCAAGAGGCCUCUUUGCUGGCUGGAGCACAUGUCUCUGGACAACGAGACCGGGCUGGACCCUCCAGGGAUCAGGGUGCGGCCUGUUCCUGGCCUUGUUGCUGCCGAUUACUUUGGUCCCGGCUACUUUGUUUGGGCGGUGCUCAUCGAGAACCUGGCUCACAUUGGCUACGAGGGGAAGAACAUGCACAUGACUUCUUACGAUUGGAGGCUCUCCUUCCAGAAUACAGAGGUGCGCGAUCAAUCCCUGAGUAGGCUGAAGAGUAAGAUAGAGCUGAUGGUGAGGACCAACGGCCACAAAGUGGUUGUGGUGCCACACUCCAUGGGGGUGCUUUACUUCCUUCACUUCAUCAAAUGGGUGGAGGCACCCACUCCCAUGGGAGGGGGAGGGGGUCCACACUGGUGCCAUAACCACAUUAAAGCCGUUAUGAACAUUGGACCUGCAUUUCUUGGCGUUCCUAAAGCCCUCAGUGGUAUUUUCUCUGCCGAAGCAAAAGACAUCGCUUUCGCCAGGGCCAUGGCCCCUUAUGUUCUGGAUUCCGAUAUUCUUGGCCUUCAAACUCUUGGGCACAUCAUGCGUGUCUCUCGCACUUGGGACUCUAUCAUGUCUCUGCUGCCAAAGGGUGGAGAAACAAUCUGGGGUGACUUGGAUUGGUCUCCUGAAGAGGGUUAUUGCUGCAAUUCACUGAAGGACUGUUCCAAGGCAUAUGUGAAUCAGCAAUCUGGCUCAGGCAACUCCAGUAAUGGCAAGUUGGAUGCCACCAGAAACGAGAAAGUCCACUAUGGAAGGAUCAUCUCCUUUGGCAAGCUAUCAUCGCAGUUACCUUCUUCCAUUCUAGAAAGACCUGACUCCAAGGUGGUGCUGUUUGGAUUGAACUCACCCACUGGCCGCAAUUCAUCAUGUGGAGGAGAAGUAUGGACUGAGUAUCAUGAGAUGAGCAAGGAAAGCAUCAGAGCAGUUGCAGAGGGGAAAGCAUACACGUCUGGAAACAUCGUGGAUCUGCUGCGCUUUGUUGCCCCCAGGCUGAUGAGGCGUGCGGAUUCUCAGUUCUCUCAUGGAAUUGCAGAUGACUUGGACCACCCAACGUAUAACCACUACAGAUACUGGUCAAAUCCGCUCGAGACCAAGCUGCCGAAUGCUCCAGAGAUGGAAAUGUACUGCUUAUAUGGGGUGGGUAUCCCAACAGAGAGGUCUUACGUGUACAAGGACUCGCCCUCUGACAAGUGCAGCAUCCCUUUCAAGAUUGACAGUGGGGCGAGUGGUGGUGGUGGUUGCCUGAAAGGUGGGGUAUACCUGGUGGAUGGGGACGAGAGUGUGCCGGUCCUCAGCGCCGGCUUCAUGUGUGCCAAAGGAUGGCGUGGGAAGAACCGGUUCAAUCCUGAAGGCAUGCCCACGCACGUGAGGGAGUACCGCCAUCUGCCACCUACCAAUCUGCUGGAAGGCAGGGGGAUGCAGAGCGGGGCUCAUGUGGAUAUCAUGGGUAAUGUUGCCUUAAUUGAGGACAUUAUGCGUGUUGCUGCUGGUGCGACUGGGAGAGACAUCGGAGGUGACAGGAUCUACUCCCAAAUACUCCAAUUCUCUGAGCGUAUUAACCUUCCUUUGUGAGAUUGCCUUCUACCUCUCUGUGGAUGAAUUGAAUCUGGAAUUUCAAGUGGUUGGAUGCCCCUUUGAUUGGCUCUGCUGCAGCUCCACUGGCAGCAUACAUAUACACAUACAAUGUGUUAUUUCUCACUUCUUUUCUCAUGCUUGUGGCUCCAGCCAUAUAUCAUGAACCCCAUGUGGCAUGUCCUUCCCUUGAAGAAAUUCUCUUUGUUGUAACAGAGUGAGUAGUCAACGGAGAAGUUCCAUCAGCAAGCAGUGGAUGCAGUCGCUGGUUUUAGUAGAAUGGAAAACACCAAGCAAUCCACCCAAGGAGUGCAAGGGGAUCCGCAUUCCAUACCAUGCAAGGCAUUAAUGUGUACAUCAUUUACGGGAGCUUACUGAUGAGUUCUCAGGCACCUACACAAUGGUGCAUGCAGCCUUGUAUGUGUUGAGAAGCCCACUG